AACUCAUACAACAUAGACCGGUUGACGGACCGAAACAACUGAUGGACAACUUCCUGUCCUAUGUCAGGUCAAAAUGCUGUCGCUGAGAGGGUUACAGAGGCUAAAGCCGCUUUUAUCACAGCAUGGAAACAGCAGUUUAAGACGUUUUACCGCCAGUUCUGAUGUGGUCCAGCGAGAAGACGACAUGCUGGUGAAGAUGGACAAUCCGUACAAAGAGCCACACAAAAGAUGCGUCCUUUGCAACGUCACAGUGGAUUACAAAAACAUCCAGGUGAGCGAGGCACCUGUGUUACUGUCGGAUAACAGUGACGUUCAGGUACAGGAACAGACAGGUUUACUGGUCUACCUGAAGAUAAGACUGUCUGCUGUGAGGAUGAAGUUCAUUGUGUAUUCAGUGACAGUCAGUACAUGUCUGUGGGAACUGAUACGAGUGUCUACAACCAGAGCUCUGCUUCCUUUUUCAGGUUUCAUGUCGUUGACACACAAGCACCCACAGUUCAUGAGGGACCCUAGCAUCUGUGGCAUCAAACAUCUGGAUUAGUGGCUGUCAUCUCCUGUUGUAACCUGUGAGCACGUGUUCAUUAAAGCUGUCAAUGUGUAAA